CGCCGCUGGAGGCGGAGGAGGACGAGGAGCACUGGCUGUACGGGGAUGACACCACUGGUAAGCAAGAAGAUGGACCAAUUUCUGGAUCUGUUUUCCAGUUUAAUGCCCUGGGAAAAAUGAUGCCUUGAGGACUGGCCUUUGUGCUGGCCUGGCGUUGGUGAAACUGUGGCCUGUGCUUUAGCCUGGAAAAGACAUGCAGAAUCUGCUCAUCCUCUGCAGGAUGCUCCCCAGGAGAGCCGGCCUGUCAACAGUGAGGACCGGGAGAUGUCCCAGCACGCCCUCCCCAGCGGCGAGGAUGAUGAAGAUGACAGCGACAGCGACAGCGAUGAUGACGAUGUCAAAGUGACCAUUGGCAACAUCAAGACGGGAGCACCGUCCUACAUGGGAACUCCUAUGAACCUAAACUUAAAAACGGGUAGAGGCUAUGGAGCAUCUGCUUCAGCCAAGUUGCAGCCCAAAGGUAUUGACUUGGAUGCCGCAGGGAAUAUAAAUGGAUUGCCUGUUAUAGAAGUGGAUUUGGAUUCAUUUGAAGACAAGCCAUGGAGGAAACCAGGUGCUGAUCUCUCUGAUUACUUUAAUUAUGGAUUCAAUGAAGAAACAUGGAAGGCUUAUUGUGAGAAGCAGCGGCGGCUGCAGCUGGGGCUGGACCCUGCUCCCCCCAUCAGCACUGAGAACAAGAUCACGGUUCAGCAGGGGAGAACGGGAAAUGCUGAAAAAGAGGUGGAAAACAACAUCAUCAAAACAGAGUUCAAAACAGACUUCCUGGCACUGGUGGGAGGAAGGAUGAAGGCUGGGCCUCCUCCCAACAGGAAGCUGGGUGGGACCAUUGAUGUGAUCGGGGGCCAGGCAGGCACCAUUCGGAGGGUGGAAGGAAGACGUCGGGAUAAACACGCCUCGGAGGAGAACCCCAUCCAGGUCCUUGGAGACCACGGGAGUAAACCACAGCCUCCCCAGCAGCCCCAGCAGCCAUCCCAGCCCCAACAGCCUCCUCAGCAGCAGCCGUUCGCUCCACCAGCAGGGCCUCCGCCUCCCCCGCUCGCUGGGCCUCCUCCACCACACUUCCUGCACCCUCCUCCUCCAGUCACCUCUGUUCCACCUCCCCUGCACCCUCCAGGCCUGCCACCUCCAGGUCCCAUUCCAGGGUUGUUCCCGCCGCCUCUGGCGCCGCCACCAGCUCUUCUCAUUCCAACCUUGGAUGGCCAGCCAGCCAGCUACAACAACAGGCAGCCACCUCCCUUUGGCUACAACUCCGCAGAUUCAGGUUUCAUCAGCUACCCACCCAUCUCCACAUCCCACACUCCCUGGGUGACCACGGUGGACAAGGGCACGAGCAGCUCCAGCAGCAGCCACUGGGAGUACUCGGGCUCCAGGCGGGAGAGGGAGCGGGAACGGGAGCGGGAACGGGAGAGGGAGCGAGACCGGGACCGGGACCGCACCCCCACCACCAGUGAAUACAACAAUGACGACGAGCGGUACCGCUACUACAGCCGGGAGCGCAGCUACGACUUCGAGCGCGACUAUCGGCGCAGCCGCGACCGCAGCCGGGAACGAGAGGACCGGCACCGCGAGCGCCGGCACCGCGACAAGGAGGAGAGCUCCAAGCACAAGUCCUCCCGGCGGAAGCAGCACGAGAGCGAGGAGGGGGAGAGUCACCGGCGCCACAAGCACAAAAAGAACAAACGGAGCAAAGAGGAGAAGGAGGCCAGCGAGGACGGGGCCCAGGAGGGAGAGGAGCAGGACACCAAGGAGUGAGCAGGCCCCCUCAGCCCUCGGGAGGAGCCACUCCUGGGCCCCCAGCCUGGCACUGCUGAUGUUUGGGGUGGGGGGUGAUUUUUUUUUAUUAUUUUUUACUUUUUCUAAGGGAAGAGGCCGACUGGGAGCCCUGACACGGCACAGGGCUCGGGGAGCUGAGGCUGCACGUGCCCUUAAACUUCCUUUUUUGUUGUUUUUUGUUUUUGAUACAAGACAAUACAGCAGUACUAGUUACAAAGCACUGAGCUACUCUACUCAUACACAUCCCUAGGGAGGACUUUGGUGUAUCAGAUCCUAUGGUUUCUGAUGGAAGAUGGCUUCAGCUGAAACUAACACAAUUAGGUAAUAGCUUUUGGUUCUUUUUUGUCAUCAUCAUUCCUUUUUCAAUAGGACAGUAAGUGCAACUUGAAAUUUAUUGUCCAAAGAACAGUGUGACUUAGACCCCGAGAGCCAGCCUAGAGUCUGACGUGGUAGUGAAGUCUCAUCCCAGAUAAAUUCCUUUAUAGCUACAGAAAGAGCCUCUGGUUUCUCCAUGGCUGAGGAGCUGCAGGGUCUGCUCUGCCUUCUGGGCACAGGGUCUGCUCCGCCUGACACUCACCCAGCGUGGGCAGAGACCCCAAAACUCACUUUGUUACCCAUUGCAAAGGUAGCUCUGUCAUGUUACACCUCUGAGUGGUGUAAUCGAUGAAGACCUGUAGUAAGAGUUUAAUUACUUUUGACUUGCCUGUUUUGUUUCCUUUUUCUUUCCUGAGUUGAGCUGAAUAACCCAGGGCAGUAGAGAGCACCAAGUCCCAGCAUUUUGCCCUCGUGGGGUUGGCGUUUCUAUUUGGUUAUCACCGACACUCCUGUCCGAUGAAUUCCUUCCCCUAGAUCCCAAAAUAAAUUUAGUCGAAUUCCAAAGUUUCUUUGGACUUAGUAUUGGUUGGGGAGAGGGGCAAAGGAGAUGUUUCUGGGUGGGGAGAACAGGGGAGAUAAUUUUAAGGGUUUUGGUCCUUAGGAUCCCACCCUUCAGUUUGUGUGAGUCCACGAGUGUCUCAUUUUUCUUUGACUUGUUAUUUAAAACUGUCUUAAAUAUUUGUCCUAAAAUAAUAUGGUUCUGAAAUGUUCUGUAUAUUUUGGUAUUGUAAA